UAGUCGCGCGGGGGGUCACCCGGACUGUCGCGCGGGAGCGGUUCUUCCACCGGAGCGCGCGAGUCCGUGCAUAUGCGGGAGAGAGAGCGAGAGAGAGAGAGAGAGAGAGAGAGAGAGAGAGAGAGACGGGACACCGGAGCGCGUGGAGUCACUCUGCUCGCGUCUGUUCGGCGGAGGUGGCGCGCGAGAACCGGCUCUGAGAAGGUCUUACGCGCUCGUGCACAUCCAUUUCUUGGAUUAUAAUAAUAAGACGAAGAGGAGAAGAAGAAGAAGAGGAGACAGAGGGGAAAAACCUCGGAAAAGUGUCGCGUCGCGUCGGCGGCUCUGUUGCGCAUUAUAAUCCAGUACGGGGGCACGCGCGGUGGGGAUCCUCGACCGGGAGCGCGCGUGAAAGAAAAAAAGAAAAAGAAAUGAAAAUGCGCGAGGUGAAGGAGCGCGAGGCACCGGGGCAAAGCGGCGGCACGGGGACCGAGUGACCAGGCCACAGCCGAGUCCCGGGCACGCGCGUGACUGAAUUCUGCACAGCUGGAACGUGGACAUUUCUGACACAAGCGCGCGCGCUCACGCACUAACACGCGCGCCCGCAUCACUGCAGAAACACGAAACGCGGACGGGGCGAGACGGACUCGCAGCCGCGCACACAGACACACGCGCGCACGCACGGUUCCACCGGGUUCCUCCGAGUAACGUGUAACGCGAACGGCGCUCAGGAUGCAGGUUUCCUUCGCGUGCACGGAGCACAACCUGAAAAGCAGGAGCGAAGACCGUCUGUGCGGACUGCGCGCGGCCCCUCCACCAGGGGGCAGUAGCGGAGGGGGGGUGGGACGGGGUGGUGGAGGUGGAGGUGGAGGCGGGGGCGUGGAGCGAAGCAGCGUACAGGUCAGUAAUGGAAACUACGCGUCGCACAACGUCAAAAUCCGCGACGUUACGGGGUCACGGGUGACUCAAGGCCACGCCCACAUGAAGGAGGCCUUUGGCCGACACAGCAAUAUGAAGUACAGGUGAAAAUUUGGGAAAUCAGGUCUUGGCGUGUCGUGCUUGGGUCUCGGGACGUGGGUGACGUUUGGUUCUCAGAUCUCUGAUGAGAUGGCAGAGAACCUGAUGACUAUAGCAUUUGAGAACGGCGUGAACCUGUUUGACACAGCUGAGGUGUACGCUUCAGGCAGAGCUGAAAUCACUCUUGGUAAUAUUAUAAAGAAGAAGGGAUGGAGGAGAUCCAGUUUUGUAGUAACGACCAAAAUCUACUGGGGAGGACAGGCGGAGACAGAGAGAGGACUGUCCAGGAAACACAUAAUUGAAGGUCUACGGGGCUCUUUAUUACGGCUGCAGCUGGAUUACGUGGACAUCGUCUUUGCAAACCGAAACGAUGUCAACAGUCCGAUGGAAGAGGUGGUACGCGCGAUGACAUUUGUCAUUAACCAGGGCAUGGCCAUGUACUGGGGGACGUCCCGCUGGAGUGCUAUGGAGAUAAUGGAGGCAUACUCAGUGGCUCGGCAGUUUAACCUGAUCCCGCCGGUGUGCGAACAGGCCGAGUAUCACUACUUCCAGAGGGAUAAAGUGGAAGUGCAGCUGCCUGAACUCUAUCAUAAAAUUGGUGUGGGGGCGAUGACCUGGUCUCCGUUGGCGUGCGGUUUGAUCACCGGGAAAUACAGUGAUGGAGUUCCAGAAUGUUCCAGAGCUGCAAUGAAAGGCUAUCAGUGGCUGAAGGAGCGUGUUCACAGUGAGGAAGGCCGUCGACAACUGGCUAAGAUCAAAGAGCUUCACCUGCUGGCCGACCGACUCAGCUGCACCGCCGCACAACUCGCGAUCGCGUGGUGUUUGCGCAGUGAAGGUGUUAGUUCUGUAUUAUUGGGUGUCUCAAAUGCAGAUCAACUUCUGGAGAACUUGGGAGCACUGAGGGUUCUCUCUCAGAUGACUCCUCAGAUGGUGAGUGAGAUCGACGCUCUGCUGGGUAACAAGCCUCAUUCUAAGAAAGAGUCCCGUGCGUGAGGACAGACCGAGAGGACGCGAACCGAGCGUGAACAGACGGCUUUCGCUUCCUCCCCUUCCUGUGUACUCCAUCCUCCUGCAUGGCUCCUGCAAACCACCGGGCUUCCAGAACGAUCCGAACCAAACCCACUCCUGAUAUUUUAUAAACAUGUUACAGACACAUCGCUACACUGCUAAAAAGAGGAGAGAUUUUACUCUCGAAAAGAAAAAACAAACAAAUAUUUUGAAAGAGAGAACAUCAUGUCUUCCAGGUGAAACACUUUGGGGGGGCGGAGUUGACACGAAAAAAAAACAACAACACUUUUCCCAGGAUGCCAUGCAGCAGGCUAAUGUGUGUGUGUGUGUGUGUGUGUGUGUGUGUGUGUGUGUGUGUGUGUGUGUGUGUGUUAACACACUUUUCCAACAGCACAGGAUGUUUAUGAACCAUAUCCACUUUUCUACCAUUAUGAAAAGUGGGCGUGUCCUAACCCAGGCUUAAACGUUUGUGAGUGUGUCGUAAAGAAGGCGUAAACAUUUGUGGGCAUGUCCUAAGCAAGGCGUAAACGUUUGUGCGAGUGUUGAAAGCAAGGCGUAAACAUUUAGGGAAGUGUCCUAAACAAGGCGUAAACAUUUGUGGGAGUGUCCUAAACAAGGCGUAAACAUUUGGGGGAGUGUCCUAAACAAGGUGUAGACAUUUGUGGGAGUGUCCUAAACAAGGUGUAAACAUUUGGGGAAGUGUCCUAAACAAGGUGUAAAUGUUUGUGGAUGUGUCGUAAUGAAGGCGCAAUCGUUUGUGGGCGUGUUUUAACAAAGGUGUAAAUGUCUGUGGGCGUGUCCUUAUAAAGGCGUAAACGUUUUUGGGCGUGUCCUAACAAAGAUGUAAGUGUGUGUCUCUAAACCGACUCAUUUCACGUUCAUAUUUGUGUUUUUUAGCAUGAUGUUACACAAUCACAGCUCACAUCGCUAGUGAACUAACUGGAGCGAGUGUUCCGAGCGUGACACUUGGCCGAGGUUUCGUUUGCAAUGAACUAGCUAGUCGGUGGUGCUAAAGCAUGUUCAAGGUUCACUACUUUCAUUCCAGUACCAGCAUAAACUUGACUUCAUGUUUAGAAACAAAAACCCUCCGAAACAUUUGUGGUGCUCGAACAGAACAGGAACUCGCUAAAGGAGAACCAGAGGACGGUUCUAGAUUAGGAAUGGGUGCUGUGUUGGUGGAAAAGCAUUGUGAGUGUGUGUGUGUGUGUGUGUGUGUGUGUGUGUGUGUGUGUGUGUGUGUGUGUGAUUGAUCACAGCCUGCAACAAAUAUCACUCCACCGACACUGUGUCAGUUUUCCCUGAUAAUCAUUUUUUCCCCCAGCGAUUUAAUGGUUUCUUUCACGUCCCCCUGAAAGGCAGAUGGACAAAUCACCACAACUGAUUUCAUGAGUGAGUCUUCCUGCAUCGCAUCGAUACGGUCGACAAACUGAACGCAUGGCCCUUUAAGACAAUCCCCACACUCUCUCUCAGUGUGUGUGUGUGUGUGUGUGUGUGUGUGUGUGUGUGUGUGUGUGUGUGUGUGUGAGUGUGUGUAUAAUUGUGUGAUAUGACUCCUGUGAUAUGAAGCAGAAAGCAACAGAGGUCAAAGGAGACCAGAGGAACCAGUGUAGAUGUCAGGGACAAUAAGAACAUGUAAAGAACUUUAAUCGUGUGUGUGUGUGUGUGUGUGUGUGUGUGUGUGUGUGUGUGUGUGUGUGUGUGUGUGGACACCAUUCAGUAUGAAGAUGUUAGGUGUUAUGAAGCUCGUAAACACAAAUGGUGGUGUGUUUCCAUCAACUGGAAGCUCUCUAGCUAGCUACUGUGCUAUACUUGUUUAGCACCCAUGCUAGCUAUAUGUAGUACUUAUUUUAUAAUGCUAUUAAUAAGCCAUUUUUAUGUUUAUUUAAGUUUAUUUAUUAUGCAAUAUUUAAUUAUAUUUUAUUAUCAUGCUACGUCUACAUUAAUAUGGAACAUUUCAAAAGGCGUUUUCUGGAUCCACGCAUUCAAGUUUUCAGCCGUUUCCCAAAAAGUUGCUCGUUCACACUGGAACAUCUGAAAACAUUCGCAUCCACCUGGAGUUUAUUUGCUUUCUGGCUCUUUAAAACGCUGCAGCGUCGACUAAAAAUGUAAUUUUCACACACAGUCCACACAGUGGCGCAAAAACGACAUUUGCAAAUUGAUCCACUUUGUAGAGCAUUUUGUGAGGACAGAAGGCCAGAACUGAAAAACACUGAAAAAUAUGUUUUCGAACGAAAACGUAUUAGUGGGGACAUGGCCUGGUUUGAACAUGGAACACAACACGUGACUGAGUGAUGGGUUUGAAAAUGUUUUAUACGUUUCCCAAACACUAAUUAGCAUUCCUGCAUUUUGUUUUUACUUUGACACGUCUUAAUUUAUACAUUUAAAACCUCGCACUGGUGUUUCUCCAUAGAUAAAAGAGAAGUGUUCCUUAGUUUACUGUGACACAAAGCUAGUGGUUGGAUGUGGUUAGCAUAACAGGCUAAAGUUACAGCGUUCUGUCUGACUAGCAAGUCUUGUGUAUAAUACAUUGUCUCAAACUGUAUGCUUUUUAAAGUAAAUUAUGCUAACAUCUAGCGAUUAGCAAACAUUUGCUACAUCAUUGUUCAUUUGGAAUGCUUUCAUGUAUAUGCUAAUUAUCACAUUAGCAUAUAUACGGAAUUCUAAUGAGGAUAGCAAACACAUUACAAACUGAGCACUGAGAAUAUUUAUGACUGUUACCAUGUGGAUUUGGCUUUCAGGACAUGACCCCGUGUGUGUGUUUAUUAGCCAUGUGUGUGUGUGUGUGUGUGUGUGUGUGUGUGUGUGUGUGAGACAGAAAAAAUGACACCAGAAGGAUCUGUUUUGCGAGCGAGAAGAACCAUGAACUUUCGAGGCCCAGACGUCCGGGUCUGACUCGCUGUCACUGAUGAGUCUCGAUGGAAUUUCCUUUGCUGAGUCAUUCCACUCAAAGUUUCCCUCACGGACCACUGUGAAUCGGGACACAGCCACGAAUCUGCCAGGCAACAGCAGACACGAGUCAGCGUCUGCAGGUAUGGUGGCCUGGUGCUCGUCUCCUCUCUACCCCGUUUCCCAUUCGAAACUAUUUGAUGCUUUUUAAAGAAAAUCAAAUGAUCCAACUUGGAGCCCACAUGGACCAAACGAUCCAACAUGGACCCCCUCCUGUUACCUCACAGCUUCACGGUUACGCCUGGUUUGAUGUAGAGACGAGAUGACGAUUUCUUCAUCCUGGAAUUGACUCGACUUUGUACCGUGUACAGACCAGAUGAAGAUCUCAUGGUGCGCAUUCGUGUUUGAUUGAAUUCAAUGCCACAUUCGAAUCUGAGUGCUGAGUGAAUCAAUGAAUCAUGAAUCAAUCGAUUGAUGAAACAAUCAACGGAUUCAUGAGAAUCAGGCUUUGGAUGAUUUAAAUUUUGAAUUUCAGGAGGAAUGAUACGAAUCCCUUUACAACAUGGACCUGAUCACUUAGUUAAAAAGAUGUAAAUAUCACACUUGAGGACGCGAGAUGGAAAUAUUUCCCAGCAGCCGGACUCAUGUUCCAACACGAAUGCUUGUUUCUUUUAUUUUCCAUGUGAUGUACAUUAGUUAGCAAGAUCUUCGUUCUGAAGAUCUGACCCGAGCAGCGUACGUACACGUUUAGAGCACAGAAGAAUCCUCCGUAACUCUGCCUGUGUCUGUUCUAUUUUAAUGUCUUGCACCAUGAAAAAAAAGAAGAGAAAAACGAAUCUAUUCCCUCAGACUCUGUAUCGAAUGUAUUCAUGCUUGCCUUUAAAAUGUCUGAAGAAACUCA